CAACCAAUUCCUGAACGAAUUGAUAAGUGUCAAUUAUUCGCGGGAAAACGCGCGCGUGUUAUAUUUUUUUUAAUAUUUUUUUUUUGUUAGAAACUUGUGAUUUUUUUUAACGAAAAAGUUUUUAUUCCUACUUAGUUUAUUUUUGGAUUUAUUUAUUUAUUUUGUAGAAUUUCAAAAUGAAUUUCACAGCAACGUUAUUAAUGAUCCUGGCUGCAGUAUCAUUGAGUUGUUGUCAGAAAGAUGAUCAGAUCGUUCGCCAGGACUUCGAGGGACCAAACGACGAUGGCUCAUAUAGAUGGGCUUUGCAGACGUCGGGCGGUAUCUUCCAUGAGCAGAAAGGCAGUCUACAGCCUGACAGCGCAGGAGAGCCAAGCCUACUGGUGCAGGGGCAGUACCAGUACACCGCGCCUGAUGGACAGAUAAUAAACGUCCUCUACACGGCUGGAGAGAAUGGCUUCGUAGCUCAAGGAGGCCACAUCCCGACGCCGCCGCCCAUACCGCCGGCCAUACAACGAGCACUGGACUACUUGGCUACCAAACCACCUUCUACUGACUAUUAGUUACUAGACGUUCACCCGCGUCCCGUGGGAACUACUGCCCGUACCGGGAUAAAAUAUAGCCUAGGUACCUUUGUUACUCGGGAAGAGCUUUCCAACAGUGGAAGUGUUUUUCAAAUCGGUUCAGUAGUUUCGGAGCCUCUUUUUGUUUCAACAAAAAAAUGUAUAAUAGAUUAUUGCUUGCAAUAUUUUAUUACAAUUGUUUCAGACGUCUGUUGUUUACAUCAUUAUAAAAAAUACUAAAAUGGAAACCAAAACAAAUGUCAUAAAAUGCUCAAAAUUACUCGUUGGGUCCACAUGUUUUUUUUAUAGGACUUUAAAAACCGGUAAAAUUAAGAAUAGUACAAAGUUAGUUAUUAAGUUUUUUUAUGUAAAUUUUUUUAUGUAAGUAGAUAAAAGACAAAUAUUUUUACAUUUUCUUGAGGCGUUCUCUUAUCAUUUGCGCUAAAGGUAUACUUGCCUCCAGUAGAAAAUAAAAAUACCUUUACUCAACUAGAUAUUUAUUUAUUUUAUGUAUUUUCAUCAUUUUGUUCUAAGUAUCUGUGUGUGAAUGUGUAAAUAAAAUCAAUAAAUUCUAUAAGUUGUU